GUACAUUUCACAGGCACGUGGGGCAGUAGCCAAAAGGAGGCAGUUCUUCUCUGUUCCUUUCUUUCUUUUUCUCGGAACCCUUUCAAAUUAGUCAUUUUUUUUUAAUUUUAUUUUAAAACUGCGGAACAAUCAGCAAGGAAACAGCAACUUUCGUCGUUCAUGGACCAGGUGCGAUCUGAUCAACAAAGUGCAGAGAAUGCUCCAGUAUCAGCAAACAAUGAUGUAGCAGUCCCUUUACAAGCAGACCAGCAACAACAACUAUUAACUGAGCAGCAACCUCUAAUCAUGACAUCGGCUUUAUCAAAUUCCAGUCUACCACUAACUUACACUAAUUCCGAUCCAUUGGGAGGCAUUGGAGGCAUGGCCGCAGUACCAACGUACAAUCCCUUUAGCUCAGGUGAUGGCUCAUGGACUCCUACAUAUGAUCCACUCCUGGGCGGGUUUAGCUACACUGCUCCAGGUGGGACCCCAGCAUCAAGUCUACUCGCUACUGGACCUCAGGCUCUUCAGAGCCAGUUCUUUUUUCCAGGUGCCGCCGAUAUAGGAGUAUGGAAUCAGGACCCCCUCUUGAUGGGGAAUUCUUGGUUGAUGGGUCUGGAUCAGAGUCAAAUUCCAGUAGCUGCUGGACCCCCGGCUGGUACAUCCCCCCUUGCUGUUGAUGGAUCUGUUAUUGGAGGGCCCCCCAUUGAUCCUUCUGUGGGGGCCAUUGGACAGUCUUUUGGAGGAAUGACACUAAACGGAUCUGUUAAUAUAGUCCCUGCCGGCCCCACCAUACUAGCCGGCCAGCCCAUUGUUAACGAUAGCGUCCUCUCUGUUGUCAUGCCACCAGCACCGGUAGCCCCACCCGCUCAGCCCGAAAAACCAAAGUCCUGGGCGGCAAUCGCCAGUCAACCGGCGAAACCAAAACCGCCUCCGCCUAAGACAAAUGAGACUUUUGAAAGCUCAAAGAAGCCACAAGCACGUACUAAUCCAGUUAUGGCUAAUGGAGGGCGUGGUCAGAAGAAGCCCGGGAUUAAAUCGGGCGGAGGCUCUGGUAAUAAAUUGGACGUUGUCAGUAAACUAAAGCUUGAGAAUAACUACAAUCCAUCGGAGCUGACAAUCAACAUGAACAAUGCAAGGUUUUUUGUGAUUAAGAGUUAUGCUGAGGACGAUGUUCAUCGCUCGAUUAAGUACAACGUUUGGUGCAGCACGGACCACGGGAACAGGAGACUGGACACAGCCUUUAAAGAACAGAAAUCAAAAGGAGGCGGGGUCUACCUUCUCUUUAGCGUCAACGGGAGUGGCCAUUUUUGUGGCGUGGCCCAGAUGAUGUCAGAGGUUGAACUAAGCACCGAUACAGGGAUAUGGACACAGGACAAGUGGAAGGGACGGUUUGACAUUCGAUGGAUUUAUGUAAAGGACGUCCCCAACAACCAACUGAGACACAUUAGGCUUGAGAACAAUGAGAAUAAGCCCGUCACUAAUUCUAGAGACACUCAGGAAGUGCCCGUGGACAAAGGGAAGUUGGUCAUCAAGAUCAUUCAUUCCUAUCAGCACACGACUUCAAUAUUUGACGAUUUUGAGCAUUAUGAGAAGAGACAAGAGGAAGAUGACACUCCACCCUCUGCCCCAGCGUCAACCUCUACCUCUACUGCUUCUAAUAAUAAAAAGGAUUCAAAAAGAUCUUAAUUGAUAAUACCUAUUAUAGUAUUCUAAUACUAAACAUUAUUAUUAUUAUUAUUAUUAUUAUUAUUAUUAUUAUUAUUAUUAUUAUUAUUUGUUGUUAUUAUUUGUU